UGUGUGUGUGUGUCACUCAGUGUGUUACUGUGUGUGUGUGUGUGUGUUGUGUGUGUGUUGCUGAGUGUGUGUGUGUUACUGUGUGUGUGUGUGUCAUGGCCUGCAGCAGUGUGUGCUUGUUGUCAGGAGGACAGUCAUCAUGUGAUCAGCUGAUUCUCUCAGUUGAAGCUCAGACGUCUCUUCACUUCAGCCCGGAGCCUCAGAGGAAAACGUUUUAAACAUCAGAGACGAUAGAAACGAUCAUCAUCAGGGUGUGGUGACCCACUGCAACUGACUCACUCAAACCGCAGCACUGCUAACAUGAACAUUAACCUAAGACCUGAACCUGGACCUGGAACUGGAACUGGACCGGGACUGGGAUCUGGACCUGGACCUUAACCGGGACGGGGACCUGGACUUGAACCUGGACCUGGACCUGGACCGGGACCUGGGCCUGUGGUUCCUAACAGAUGAAAGCUGUUCAUCUUUUCAGACUUUCCUCUUUUCUUUUCUAAAGAUCAUCGACUCAUUUCACUCCUCAGGACUCACUGGUGACAUCACAUGAUGAUAUCAUCUGUCUUUAUUGAACUGGACUGUGGUGUUGGACCUGUGACAGUUCAAAUGAUGACAUUGAUGAUGACAUCACUGAUUUGAAAUCUUCAAAACACGACAGUUUGUUCAAUAACUCCUGCAGCUUCUGACUUCUCCCAUAAUGGACCUGGACAGUCUUCCAUUAGAGCUUCCUGCUGGUCAAUGGACUUAGAUGGAUGGUAGACAUUUGUAGUCUGAUGACAUCACUAUGACAUCACCUGGACACCGAUGACAUCAUAGUAGAUUACGUCAUGGAGAGAAAACUGGAUCUUACCCGUCUGACGGACGAAGAAGCGAAACACGUGUGGGAGGUGAUUCAACGAGACUUUAACCUCCGCAAGAAGGAGGAGGAGAGACUUGGUGACCUGAAGACGAAGAUCGAGAAGGAGGACACGAAGCGCGAGCUGCUGGGCUCUGAGAGCAGAGUGUCCGACUCUCUGUGUAUCCGCUGCCUGCAGCCCUUCAAGUUCCUGGUCAACAGCAAGCGUCAGUGUCUGGACUGUCACAUGUUCACCUGCAAGUCCUGCAGCCGCUACAACAAGAAGGAGCACGGCUGGGUGUGUGACAACUGUCGCAUGACCAGAGUGUUGAAGAUGGGGACUCUGGGUUGGUACCAUGACAAUGUCAGAAACCGAUUCAAACGCUUUGGCAGCGCCAAAGUCAUGAGGUCACUGUACAAGAGGCUGAAUGGAGACGGUGGUCGUGACGAUGACACUCAGAGUAUGCCGGACGUCCACAAGUACAUGUUCAACGGGAACGAGGACGACCAUGGCGACGCCGAGGCUCAGCGCUACAAAGUGAUGAGGAAGAGUAAACGUCUGCUGUCUGUCCAUCCCAUGGACUUUGACUCAGAGGAUUAUUUCCCUCACUCACGACGACAGUCUGUCCAGCAGCCGCAGGAGGAUCGAUAUUAUAGGAAUGACGUGGACUAUGACGCUUACAACCACCGUGUUAACCGCAGGAAGAGUCUGGACCGCUACGCCAUGAGACCUGAUGACUAUGGAGACAGCAGGAUGGUCCGGACUCGCUCUCUGUCUAAGAUCAGUUCGUCGGUUGCUCGGCAACAGUACGUCGACACCUCUGAUGAGGAGGAGUACCAGAGACACCCCCCCAUGUAUCAACAACCCCCCCACCGCCGUAAAAACAGCAGAGCCUCCUCCCAGGAGAACCUCGGACAAGGCCCGCCUAUCAACGAGCUGAACAAACGCAUGUCAGCCAUCGAGAGUCUGCUGAGCCGCCUGGAGGAGAAGAUGACGCCUGCUGAUGAGGAGUCCACUCCGUCCAAUCAGAACGAGGAGGAGAAGCUGAGGAGGAAGCUCAGUGAGUUGGCGGGAAACCUGAGUGAUAAGGGUCUGUCCUCGGAGGACGAGAAGAAGUCUUUCUCUCUGGGUAAAGGUCUGGCUGGAGUCCGGGGUCCGGUGGUCACUCUGGACUCUCUGAAAGACAAAGACCUGAGCUCGUCCAGCGACGAGAUGCCGACUGAGGCCCAGAAGGUGUACAUCGCCGCCGGUCAGUCCUACGAACUGGAGUCCAAGCUUCGUAAACUGGAGCAGAGCGCCAAGAACCGCUUCGGAGGGACCACGGACUCAGAGCUGUCGGAGCUGGAGGACGUGGUGGCGCUGACGGCCGCCAGAGUCCAGAGCGCUGAGAGCGAGGUGUCUGACAUCGAGAGUAAGAUCGCUGCUCUGAGCGCCACUGGCUCCAAGAAGAAGGUCGGUGGAUCUCAUCAGAGGAAGAAGUCAACACAGGAUUUCACCAAAACUAACGGAGCUCAGUGGAAAUCAAACAUGUACUAAACCAGAAAAGCACCAGAGAACCAGAGAACCAACCGGAGAACCAGAGAACCAACCAGAGAACCAAAGAACCAACCACAGAACCAAUCAGAGAACCAGAGAACCAACUGGAGAACCAGAGAACCAACCAGAGAACCAAAGAACC